AUGGCAUCAAGACAAGCAACUAAACGUUUAAAUAAAGAAUAUAAAUCAAUACAAGCCAAUCCACCGCCAUAUAUAAUUGCCCAUCCAUCAGAAGAUAAUAUUCUUGAAUGGCAUUAUGUUCUUACUGGACCCCAAGAUACUCCAUAUGAAGGUGGACAAUAUCAUGGCUUACUCCGAUUUCCUCCACAAUAUCCAUUUCAACCACCAUCGAUAUUAAUGAUUACUCCUAGUGGACGAUUUAAACCCAAUACUCGUAUUUGUUUAUCAAUGUCAGAUUAUCAUCCUGAUACUUGGAAUCCAGCAUGGUCAGUUCUGACGAUUUUAACAGGGAUGUUAUCAUUUUUCACUGGUGAAGAAUCAACUACUGGAUCAAUUAAUACAUCAGUGAAUCAUCGGAAAGUAUUAGCACAAAAAUCUAAAAAAUUCAAUGUUGAUAAUGAUAGAUUUUGUCGAGAAUUCCCUGAUUUGGUUAAACAAUAUCAUGAAGAAAUUGCUGCUGAAAAAGUUAAAUUGGAACAACAAGAAAAGGAACAACAACUAAAUGGACAGCAACAAGGUGAUCAAAAAGAACAAUUGGCAAAUUUGGAAGAUUUAGAUCCAGAAGAUAGAAUUCGAGUGAUGCAACAACUAGAACAAGAACAAAAACAAAAACAAAAACAAAAACAAAACCAAGAUGAUGAAAAUCUAAACCAAGAUAAUGAUAAUUCUAAUAGAAUGUGUGUUAUUAUGUAA